UUGAUGCCGCUCGGAUCGUCUGGAACGCCGAACAUCAGUGAUUGAUUUCGUGUUCAAACGUUUCGAAAGUUUCGGGUUCUUCUAUCUUCAAGUUACGUGCCUGCUAGCUGAUAGUGCGGAAAUUACCCAGCACAUCAUGGCACCAUUGUUAGAAAAAAUCAUGUUAUCGGACCUUAGUGAAGUGCCGUUCAUAAAAAUUGGCGACUUUAAGCUCGAAUUCGAGUUCGGUCCUCCUAGUCCAGAAUUGCAAGAAGUAGCCAAGAAGGAAUUGAGAGAGUCUCCCGAGAUACAAAAACAGUCGAUGGCACGUCUACAAGAAUUAUUAAAAGCUGAAAAAAGUCUGAAAUGUCCGUUGGACAAUGAAGCUUGGUUGAUUAGAUUUCUGAGGCCAUGCAAGUAUUAUCCCGAAUCGUCUUUCGAUCUCAUCAAACACUAUUACAACUUCAAGGUGAAGCAUGCGAAUGUGUACGACAACUUAAAGCCAAGUAAAGAGAAAAAUGUCUUUGAGCAAAACAUCUUAACCGUGUUGCCAAAUCGCGAUCAGUACGGCCGACGUAUGCUGAUAAUCGAACUCGGCAAGAAAUGGAAACACAACAAGUGCAGCCUCGACGAAAUUUAUAAAGGAUGUGUAUUGUAUUUGGAAGCGGCCAUGAUGGAGCCAAGCACACAAAUUGCUGGUGCGAUUGUCGUCUUUGACAUGGAUGGUCUUACUCUCCAGCAAACUUGGCAGUUUACCCCACCGUUUGCCAAAAGAAUAGUCGAUCUGCUUCAGGAGGCAAUGCCUGUGAGGGUAAAAAAUAUACACAUAGUGAAUCAGCCGUAUGUAUUCAACAUGGUGUUCGCCCUGUUCAAACCGUUCUUGAAAGAGAAGUUGAAAAGCAGAAUAAUUUUUCACGGCACCGACCGCAAAUCAUUACAUCAAUAUGUAUCGCCGAAAUGUCUACCAGCUCAAUACGGUGGUACUUUAGAAAUGCAAACGAUAAAAGGAGCCGAAUGGUACUCUUUGUUGAUACAGGUCGACAAGGAAUACGAAGUUAUUAGUUCGUACGGCUAUAAAAAAACAUAGUUCUUCAAUUACUAACCGUGCAGCAACAAAAAAUAGAUAUUUGGAUUAAAUACGAAGAAACAAUUAUAAAAUGCGACAUUUCCGAGAAAAAAAAAUAGAUUUAAUAUCAAUUACGACAAUCAUGAAUCGUUUUUAUACGUACAUUCACUCGUCGAAAUGUUGUCUUCAC